AUGGCAUCAGCUUCACAAUCCUCAAAGAAAUCUCAGAAACGUAAAUCAGAUGCUGCCAAUCUGGGUGGCUCGGAUGUUCAGGUGAUUGUAGAAGAGGGUUCUACAUCUGCUGGACCAGCAUUUGUCAACUUCCCUUCGAUCAGACCAUCUAAAAACACCCCAUUUACCAUAUAUACUCGAGAUGUUGGAUCAUCCUCUGAUUUGACGAAACAACACACCAUCAUUGCCGGAGAGACAGAAGAUGUAGAAUUCUUCAGUACGAAUAGGGAUCACAAUCUGAACACUGAAGGUGCGGAUUGUCAAUAUCUUCCAGCAUUAUACGAUCCAUCAACCGGUACAGUCCACAUCAACCCUUCGACCCCUCUAUACCUCCUCACUCACGGUGUAAAGAGACUUCGUUCAUCUGUCACUCUACCUUCUGCGAGCGAUGCGAGAGCGCACUGGAAAGCUCAGCGAAAUGAUUUGGGUGAAACUUUUGGUACGAGAAAGGCCAAGACUCAAAUCCGAGCAGAGGAGAGGAACAAGGUGGACGUAUCGGCCAUGGAGGGUGUCAAGGGUCAUUUGAUGGGUAGUAUACCAGAGAUGCUGGUCGAUGAUGGUCCAGUCCAAGCUUCUGAGCUCAUUCCCACACCCGACCUGACCACUUCGGAUCCUUCCGAGGUAUACCCUCGAGAUUCACUUAUCUCUCCUUCCGAAUGGCAAUCUAUCAAUGUCUCCCAGUUGGUCCAUGCAGAAGAUGAAGAUAGUCGUCAGAAAUUAUUACCUCCCCAUAAAAAAUCCUUCUGGUUACAAGGUAGGAUCAGGUAUAUCAGGAACCUGGAGGACAAGACAGCUAGAAAGGAGCAGAUGAAAUACGUAUUAUACCUUGCAACCCUCUUAUCACUCUACGAUAACCCCUCGGUAAUCUCUAAAAUCCCUCCUGGCCAAAUCCAAACUAAAUUUCCUAAUGUACCUCAACAAUUGCUUGACGGAGUGAUCAAGAGGUUCUCAGAACUGCAGGGUAAGAAGCGAGUCGUGACUGAGAAGAUGAAAACCAAGUUAUUAGCUUGGAUAUGCGUCAUGUACCUUACGUUAGAUGGGUUCAGCGUUGAGAUUGGUAAGGUGGCUAGGGAUUUGAAGUUAAAAGAUGCUACGGUCGAAAACAUGUUUAAGAAUUUGGGAUGUGCAGUCAACAUUGCCACGCCAGCCGAAAGGGAGAAACAAGGUAUAUCAUUAGCCGAAGCGAGCAAGAAUAAGAAAGCUGUUCUAAAAGCUCCUGUAGUUUUCCCAAAGAUCAAAAGGCGAGGUCCUGCUAAGCGAUAA